UCUCGAGAGGCGAAAGAACGAUCCGACAGAGCACCGUGAAGCUGCUGAAUUUGGUGGUCAAACCCAAAGUUUAAACGGUUAAAACUAUCUGUUGUGUCGGGUCAAGUUAGUGAAUCCUAGUCUCUUUUAAAGCCGUCCAAAUUCUGGAGUCUUUUUGUAGUUUAGUUCGGUCCCUAAGUUUUUAAGUUUCUCAGUGAUUGUAUGCGACGGUCGUCGCCGUUGCGCGCGCGUGAACGUGCGAGUGUGUGUCAAGCCGGUGUGCGAAUAUGCGAUUAAAAAAUACAAACAGGAUACGGAUUUAAUUAAAGGACAAGUUUAAUAGGAAACUAACAAAAAAAUUUGCAGACGAUCACAGCGGUACGUAAGAAAUAUCGAAACUGAGUAUCAGAACAACCGUAUGCAUGUGACAUUCGAGACUUGGAGAAAUGUCAACGUAAGAAUGUGCGCGUAGUGAAUCGCGGUUGUGACAUCAGGUGAACAGGCGACGCGUAGAUAUAUUACCUUGCCGAGAUAUUUCGUGGAACCAACAGCUUCGUCGGUGGAGAACGAGAGUCAGUCAAACGGAGAACUGUGAAAUCCCCGAAGAAGGAUGCCCUCGACAGAAAAAUAGUCCCAAUAUCAGCAAAUCACCAAGACGAUAAACGUCUCGGUCUACAGAGAAUGUGACUAUUAUCCGUUGAGAUGUGAUCCAAAACAUAGGAGGGACACUCAGUAGUUUGUAGUUGGUCCCCAUCUCCCCCCCUCUAUCACCCCACCACCCCACUAGCCCCCUCGUGACUUCUACCACCUACUCUAUCUCCCCCUCUCCCCUCGUACACAUGCACGUGUGAUAAUCCACUUCACCGGUAAAGCAACUACCACCGGAUCAGCGACUUCCUUCAAAUGCACCGGCUGCUGUACCGCUCAACGACACUUCUCCCUCCCUUCUAAUACGAUCCCAAUGAAUUUUUACCGCCCGCUCUUCUUCAAACAACGUGCCAUACAACCCUCAGCAACCUGUGAUAUAAUACUCGAUGCCUAAAUAUUUACAUAGCGUAGACAUCUAGUCGAAGACUAGAUCAAGCUGAAGGUUUCAUCGACAAAAGAAAUUGCAAUUCCUAAGACAACGAGAGCUUAGAACACAUGUUUUAAGCAUUUUGAGUACGAAGAUUACAGAGGAUUUUAGAGGAUUACACAGUACGAGAAGAAAAAAAACAGAAACGAAAGACGGCGCCGGAGAAUGUCGACGUGCACCGACGAGGCCGAUAAUGCACCCUGCACUCUGUCUCCGGUGCAGGAGGCACCAGUCUCGCCGGCGUCCUCCUCUCUGAGCAACCAAAAUCAAAAUGAGAGCGAGCAACAGGUCCUGCUGGCAACCAUGCAGCCGGUGAACGUGCUCGAUCUGCACGAGUCGCAGGCCGUGCACACGCUUCACCCCAAGUACCACCAUCACCAUCAUCGUCACCACCACCAUCAUCAUCAUCAUCAUCAUCACCAGCAACAGCAGCAGCAACACAUCCAGGGAAAUGAUUCGGAGGAUGUGCAGCAGCGCGCCGCGGCCGCGGAUGAUCCUGACGGCCGCGUGACGCCCGGCGACGAGGCGGUCAACGAGGGUAACACGGCGCUCGGCGUCGUCGGCGAGCACAAGAUGAUCGAUCUAAUCUACAACGACGGACAAAAAACGGUCAUGUAUACCCACGACAAGGAAAUCAUUUACGAGAACGAGCACGCGGAUCGCGUGCAGGUGGUCGAAUAUCCGCCACCACCGCCGACGCCGCCGUCGCCGUCGCCGCCGUCGGCCGGUGUCACGAGAACGGGCCUGUUGCCGCCGACCUGCGUCACUCCGAGAUCCGCUACUACGGCCGCCACCGCAACCGCCCUGCAUCUGCACCACUAUCCGCAGCUGCAGCUGCAGCACGAGGACGAUCUGCCGCCGACGGUGCGCCACGCCGUCAACGCGACCGUGCCGAACUGCGGCGCCGCGACAACCACGACGACGGUUCUCGUGCUGUCGGAGCUCGUCGCGGCCGACCCGGCUGCCGCCGGUGCAGCUGCAGCCGCGCAACAACUGACACUCACCGCCGCAGCGUCGUUUCGCACCGGGCGACGCAGUCGCAGCGAGGAGGACACCAACGGUACCGUCGUCAGCGACGAAGCGCAGCAACAGCAACAGCAGCAGCAACAGAGCUACGUGUCCGGGCAGCGUGAGCCGGAAGAGGAGGAGGAAUUGGGAGCGGAGGAGGCGGCGGCCCAGGCAGCGGCGCAGACCUUGCAGAGCGCCGAGGGCGCCGAUCCGGAAGUUCACAAAAGGGUCGCCGCGGUGCAGGUGCAGGUUCAGGGUAUGGAGGGUGACUGGCGCGCCUACUGCGAGCAGCAUCCGCUCUCAGUAGCGACCGCGGCCAUGCUAAACCUUCAACAGCAGCAUCAGUCGGCGGUAGUUAAUCACAGCGAUGAUCCCGCUGCGUCCUAUGUCUACGAGUACUACAAACUACCCGAGAAGACAGCGGAUGUCAAACUGCCGCCCACCCAUGAACUCUGGUCCACGGGUGUGAUGGGCCAGAAGCUGCUGGUGCAGGAGGCGCCUGGCUCCGGUUCCGCCUCGACGAAUCGCAUGGAAGGCGGCGAAGGCGCCGGAGGGGGGGAGCUACACCACUUCCUCCAGUACAACCAGCAGUCCCACAGUCCCAGCCAGAACCUGCAGGGUGGCCUUCCGCUUCCGCUGAGCCCGCAGCCCCUGCGACACGACGGUGCCUCGAACGCCGGCAUCGUCGGGGUCAAGAGGGAACCAGAGGACCUCAGCUCGUCGCGCGGGGGCCAACAGCCUAGCAAACGGCACAAACAAGCGGAUAGUCCCACACCACCGGGAAUGUAUCAUCAUCAUCAGCAUCAGUUGCAGGUGCAGCAAUACGGCAGCCCUUACGACCCCUACACGUCCUGCAGCCCGAGGUUGCAGUCGACCGUCUAUACGUCCACGCCAGCGUCUGGGAACGGGAAUGCGACAGCGAAUCCGGGUGGUCUUCAUCAGGAGGCGACGACGGUGUACGUCGCCGGCGACGCACUGCCGCCGCUCGCCUCGUCGAGCUCCACUUCCUCGCUAUCCACCACGACCGCUUCGUACACGAGGUACGAGGUUGCGCCGAGCUCAUACGUUACGACACACGCGAUACGCUCGUCGUCGAGCAGCAGCAAAGUCCUGACCGUUGAUCUUCCCAGCCCCGACUCUGGCAUAGGCGCCGACGCGGUGACGCCCAGGCAGGACCAUCAUCCGACCACAGCUCUUCAUCAGUCCUCAUUCGAUUACACGGAAUUAUGUCCUGGCGGAACAACAGCCGGAACGGCGGUGGUUCUCGAGAGUGGCGCGGUGAUACACCAACCCCUGCAACUGCAGCUGCAACAGAACCACGCACAGGCGCAGGUGCAACGCAACAACCUAGUGCCCGCGGGUGCGACAAAUCCGAAUCCGAAUCCGAAUCCACAGAGAUCGCGGCCUUGGCACGAUUUCGGCAGACAAAACGACGCUGAUAAGAUUCAGAUACCGAAACUUUUCUCGAAUUACGGAUUCAAGUACCACCUGGAGUCGCCGAUCAGCACGUCGCAGCGCCGCGAGGACGACAGAAUAACGUACAUCAACAAGGGCCAAUUCUACGGAAUCACGUUGGAAUAUGUGUCCGAUCCGGACAAGCCACUCCUCAAGGCAGGGCAGACAGUCAAGAGCGUAGUAAUGUUGAUGUUCCGAGAGGAGAAGAGUCCGGAAGACGAAAUCAAAUCUUGGCAGUUUUGGCAUGGCAGACAGCAUUCUGUCAAACAACGGAUUCUUGAUGCUGACACAAAGAAUAGCGUUGGCUUGGUGGGUUGCAUAGAGGAAGUCGCGCACAAUGCGAUUGCCGUUUACUGGAACCCACUCGAAGCGUCGGCGAAGAUAAACGUGGCGGUGCAAUGUCUCAGUACCGAUUUCUCGAGUCAGAAAGGCGUGAAGGGUUUGCCGCUGCAUAUCCAGGUCGACACAUAUGAAGAACCGCCGCCCCAUGCGCAUUCAUACACGCCGCCUUCUCAUCGCGGCUACUGUCAAAUUAAGGUCUUCUGCGAUAAGGGAGCAGAGAGAAAGACCCGAGACGAAGAGAGACGUGCAGCUAAGAGGAAGAUGACGGCGACCGGCAGAAAAAAGCUCGACGAGCUUUAUCACCCCGUCACGGAGCGCAGCGAAUUUUACUCCAUGGUCGAUCUGCACAAACCGCCUGUGCUGUUCUCCCCACCGGCCGAGCAUGCUAUCGAUAAGUUCUCGACGAUGGAGUUGUCGGGCUUCUACGGUGGUGGCGGCGGGGGCGGGGGUGACACCGACACAUCAUCCCUCAGUAAUGGUGAAAGUGGAGGAUUGAAGGCGGGGGGGAGCAGUCCUUAUCCGCCCCCAAUCGUCCGGCCGAGUCUGCCGGCCCUCAAGUUCCACAACCACUUUCCGCCCGACAAUCUCAGUAGUCUACACGACAAGAAGGACUCGUUGCUGAUGCAGGUGCAGGAGCUGCAGGGCUCGGUGCUGCAGGGGGUGCAACAGACCGGCCUGACGGGCGCGGUGGUGUCCAGCGUCGGCAAUCGGCUGCACCUGCAACAGCAGCCGCCGCAUCUACGCCCGGCGGACUCCGAGGAACGCGUCAUGCUUUACGUGCGUCAAGAAUCGGAAGACGUCUACACGCCACUGCACGUCACGCCGCCAACGGUACAGGGGCUGCUCAACGCUAUUGAGUCAAAGUACAAAAUUGCAUCCUCGAGUAUUAAUAACCUCUAUCGCAAAAACACAAAGGGAAUUACAGCGAAAAUUGACGACGACAUGAUCCGAUAUUACGUCGACGAGGACCUGUUCCUGCUGGAGGUGAGUCACUCGCGGAUGAAUCCGGAUCCGGGCAGCGAACGCAACCCGAACAAUCCGGGCUCGCCGAGUGAUCCCGGCGAUCCGGGUGAUUCUCCCGCCGGAUACGACGUCACUCUCAUCGAACUACCCUCGUCGCCCCCACAUCUACCGCAUUCACCCCUCGCCAAUUCCACGCAUGCACACGUGCACGUUCACGAUAACAGUAACACGUGAACUCGAACGGACAAAAAACCGUUUGUGUAAAUACGCUACGUAAGUUUAACGAGAACUGGUCACUCGAAAGAAGGAUCAGCAACAUCUUGCGUUGGAUAAUAAAUGAGCAACACACUUUCUCGCGUGUUGAAGAUUCCUGUAUAGUUUAUACUCGAUGACGUGUCUGCGUUGAGAGAGAUACAAGUAGCAACGUGUUAAUUAUCUUUAAGGACAAUCAAGAAGAAUCAAGAGGAUACAUCUGAAGAUCACCGAGUUUUCAACGUGAUAGUUCGAAGAAGAAUCGGUUUUUUUAACGUGAAUUCUGGCGUGUAAAAUCUUAUAGUGUAUAACAGAUUAAUUUAGUUGCAUUU